AUGGCUGACAGCAGACCAGAGUCUUACACAUUAAAGGGACAAGUUUUUUCAGUUGGAUCGAGAUUUUCUGAUUUAAAUUACAUCGGUGAAGGAUCUUAUGGAAUGGUCGUGUCAGCAUUUGAUCACCAAAGAAAUGAGAUGGUAGCUAUAAAAAAAAUCAUGCCGUUUGAACAUCAAACAUAUUGUCAGCGAACCUACCGAGAGAUUCGUAUCCUCCGCCAACUUGAUCAUGAAAACAUAAUCCCGUUAUAUGAUGCGUUUACAUCAGAAAAAUUUGAGGACAUGAAGGAAGUAUACAUUGUCGAAAAAUUUAUGGAAACGGAUUUGUAUAAAUUAUUAAAGGUACAAAAACUCAGUGCGGACCACAUCUGUUAUUUUCUUUAUCAAAUUCUCCGAGGUUUGAAAAACAGAAUGUUUACUUUUGCGAUAAAGGUCUUAACUAACGUUCUUCACCGUGAUUUGAAGCCAAGUAAUAUCCUUCUCAACCGAAUGUGCGAUCUCCGUAUCUGCGACUUUGGCCUUGCAAGGAUUGCCGACCCAGAAUGCGAUCAGGCUGGGCUUCUGACGGAGUACGUUGCUACACGAUGGUACCGAGCCCCUGAGAUUAUGCUUACCUCAAAGAUCUACACGAAAGCCAUUGACCUCUGGUCGGUUGGAUGUAUUCUAGCGGAAAUGUAUAGCAACCGUGUUCUUUUCCCGGGAAAACACUGUAUCCUUUGA